UUGCAGUUGCAGACAGGAGAGACGACGUACCAGCAGGCCCCCCCGGGAAGAAGGGAGGAUCGUAUCCAAGGCGCGUGUUCCAUGGUGGACAUGGGCGGCACCGGCGAGGAGGAGGAGACGGAGGUCGGUGGCGCCGGCGAGCAGCAGCGGACGGAGAUGGAGAUCGGGUGGCCCACCGACGUGCGGCACGUGGCGCACGUGACGUUCGACCGGUUCCACGGCUUCCGCGGGCUCCCCGUGGAGCUGCAGCCCGAGGUCGACGGCAAGGCGCCCAGCGCAAGCAAGACGGUGUUCGGCGUGUCCACGGAGUCGAUGCAGUGCUCCUACGACUCGCGAGGGAACAGCAUCCCCACCAUCCUCCUGCAGAUGCAGCAGCGCCUCUAUCACCAGGGCGGCCUCAAGGUGGAAGGCAUCUUCAGGAUCACCGCGGAGGACAGCCAAGAGCAGUACGUCCGGGACCACCUCAACUCCGGCCUUGUACCGGACGGCAUCGACGUGCAUUGCCUCGCCGGACUCAUCAAGGCUUGGUUCAGGGAGCUGCCCGGCGGCCUGCUGGACUCGCUGCCGGCGGACGAGGUGACGCAAUGCCAGUCGGAGGACGACUGCGCCCGCCUCUGCACCAGGCUGCCACCGGCGAAAGCCGCCCUGCUCGACUGGGCCGUCAACCUCAUGGCCGACGUCGCGCGGGAAGAGAAGGCCAACAAGAUGGGCACGCGCAACGUCGCCAUGGUCUUCGCUCCAAACAUGACACAGACAGUAGAUCCGUUGACAGCGCUCAAGUACGCGGUGCAAGUGAUGAACUUCCUCAACAUGCUCAUCGAGCGAGCGCUCAAACAAACCGAUCAACCGCCGCAGCAAUCUUUCUGACGCGUCCUCUGAAGCUUAAUUCUGUGCUCCAAGCUCCUAUGACAAACUGAAGAGGCAUCACGCAUCACUAUUAUUGUCGUCACCUUCGAAUUAAUCAAAUUAAUUAAGUAGCAAUUUGUCGAGAGAUGUAGUAGAACUAAUGGUUUAAGUGUGUGAUCGUGGUUUGGUUUGAUUUGAUUACCGUAGGAUUCAGCAAAUCAGCGGCGUG